AUGGCUAAGAAGGCGAUCGAUUCAAGAAUUCCUGCACUCAUCAGGAAUGGUGCCCAGACUAAGCAGAGAAGCUUCUUUGUCAUUGUAGGCGACAGAGCUCGUAACCAACUGCCCAAUUUGCACUACUUAAUGAUGAGUGCUGAUCUUAAAAUGAACAAAUCGGUGCUCUGGGCUUACAAAAAGAAACUUUUAGGCUUUACCUCACAUCGCAAGAAGAGAGAAGCCAAGAUUAAGAAGGAGAUCAAAAGAGGAACCCGUGAAGUGAAUGAUCAGGACCCAUUCGAGACAUUUAUUUCUAAUCAGAACAUUAGGUACGUUUACUACAAAGAGACCGAAAAAAUCCUGGGUAACACCUAUGGUAUGUGCAUAUUGCAGGAUUUUGAAGCGUUGACACCAAACUUACUAGCAAGAACUGUUGAAACUGUGGAAGGUGGCGGUAUCGUGGUGAUUAUGUUGAAAUCGAUGUCGUCUCUCAAACAGUUGUACACCAUGAGCAUGGACAUUCACUCAAGAUACCGUACCGAGGCCCAUAGCGAUGUGGUGGCACGUUUUAACGAGCGUUUUAUUCUGUCGCUAGGCUCCAACGAGAACUGCUUGGUGGUGGACGAUGAGUUAAACGUUUUACCAAUCUCAGGCGGUAAGAACGUCCAGCCUUUACCUCCUAAAGAUGAGGAUGAGAUUUUACCAAGAGAUCAAGAACUUUCUGAUCUUAAAGAAUCGUUAGAAGAUGUGCAACCAGCGGGUUCGUUAGUAGCGCUUUCGAAAACUGUGAACCAGGCCCAGGCAAUCCUCAACUUUAUAGAUGCUAUCUCGGAGAAGAAUCUCAGUUCGACAGUAGCCCUGACAGCUGGAAGAGGUAGAGGUAAAUCUGCAGCACUUGGUAUAGCUAUUGCUGCUGCUGUAUCGCAUGGGUACUCCAACAUCUUUGUUACUUCCCCAUCGCCCGAGAACUUGAGAACUUUGUUCGAAUUUAUCUUCAAGGGUUUUGAUGCCCUAGGUUACCAGGAGCAUAUGGAUUACGACAUCAUUCAAUCCACUAACCCAAGCUUUAAUAAGGCUAUUGUGAGAGUAGACAUCAAGAAAAGUCACCGCCAAACCAUUCAAUACAUUGUACCAAACGAUCAUCACGUCUUGGGACAAGCCGAGCUUGUGGUCAUCGACGAAGCAGCUGCAAUUCCAUUGCCAGUGGUGAAAAAUCUUCUGGGUCCGUACCUAGUGUUCAUGGCGUCCACGAUUAACGGUUACGAAGGUACUGGUAGAUCCUUAUCGUUGAAGCUUAUUAAACAGCUGAGAGAUCAAGCUAACUCCUCCGGGAGAGAAUCCUCCGAGACCACAGUUGUUUCAAGAGAUAAUAGAAAACAAGAAUCGCAUGCUUCCGGCCGGACUCUCAGGGAAGUUGUGCUGGAUGAACCUAUCAGAUAUGCUCCUGGUGACCCAAUGGAGAAGUGGCUGAACAAGCUUUUAUGUCUGGAUGUUACACUGAUGAAAAAUCCUAGAUUUGCCGCGAGAGGCACACCCCACCCUUCCGAGUGCAACCUGUUUUUAGUCAACAGAGACACCCUAUUUUCGUACCAUCCUGUGUCUGAAUCUUUCUUGGAGAAAAUGAUGGCCUUAUAUGUGGCCUCUCAUUACAAGAACUCUCCAAACGAUUUACAACUAAUGAGUGACGCUCCUGCACACCAAUUGUUUGUCUUACUUCCACCUAUAAAUCCAAAAGAUGGCGUGAGAAUCCCAGACCCCUUGGUUGUGGUUCAGGUGGCCUUAGAGGGUGAGAUUUCUAAAGAAAGCGUAAGAAGCUCGCUUUCGCGUGGGCAAAGAGCAGGCGGUGACUUGAUCCCAUGGCUAAUAUCACAACAAUUUCAGGACGAUGAGUUUCCAAGUUUGAGUGGCGCUCGUGUAGUCCGUGUUGCCACUAACCCAGAAUAUUCGUCUAUGGGAUAUGGUUCUCGCGCUGUUGAGCUCUUAAGAGACUAUUACGAGGGCAAGUUCACUGAUUUGAAUGAAGAUGGGGUCUCCAAAUCUUAUGAAAUCAAAAGAGUAGACGACAAGGCUCUUGCCAAGGCAAGUCUGCUAAAAGAUGAUGUCAAACUCAGAGAUGCUAAGACUUUGCCCCCCCUGCUUCUCAAACUCUCAGAGCAGCCACCACAUUAUUUGCAUUACUUAGGUGUUUCCUAUGGGCUGACAAGUAGCUUACACAAGUUCUGGAAAAAAAAUCGUUUCGUUCCAGUAUACUUACGUCAAACGGCAAAUGACCUAACGGGCGAAAACACUUGUGUUAUGCUUAAUGUCUUAGAGGGAAGAGAGUCUCACUGGCUUUCGGAAUAUGCCAAAGACUUUCGGAGAAGAUUUUUGUCACUUUUAUCGUAUGAUUUCAAGAAGUUUACUGCGGUACAGGCCUUAAACCUCAUGGAAAGUGCUGAGAAAGCUAAAAUUCUCAAUGGCGAUUCCGAGACAGUUCGUGCUUUGAGUAAGGACGAUGUAGAUGCUGUUUUCUCACCGUUCGACCUAAAGCGACUCGACAGUUAUGCCAACAACUUGUUGGACUACCAUGUUAUUGUCGAUCUUUUGCCUCUGUUGUCGUCGCUGUAUUUCAGCGGAAAAAUGCAAGGCGCCGUAAGCUUGUCCAGCGUUCAAGGCGCUAUUUUGUUGGCAGUCGGACUGCAACACAAGAGUUUGGACGACAUUUCCAAAGAGUUGAACCUACCUUUCAACCAAACAAUCGCUAUGUUUGCUAAAAUUGUUCGUAAAUUUUCGAUUUAUUUCCGCGACGUUUUGAGCACUUCAAUUGAACAAUCUCUACCCGAGAUGAGGGAUCAAAACGUGGAUGAGAUGGACGGUAAGACAAUCCAGUCUUUAGACGCCGCAGGAGCAAUGGACAAGAUGGACGACGAGCUAGAGGAGGCUGGGACCCGUGUGCACUCAGAAAUGCGUGAGAAACAACGCGAAUUAAUCAAUUCGUUAAACUUAGACAAGUAUGCCAUAGACGACAACACAGAGGAAUGGGCGCAAUCUAAACAAGAUCUCGAGCGUGCUGCCAAGGUGAAUGGAACAGCAUCCGUGAAAUCCAACAAAAAGAGAAAAACCGAAAAUGCUCAGGACAUUUAUAAAGAGGAGUUGAAUGCAUUGAAAAAGACCAAAAAGAAGUCUAAGAAAUAA